UUUUGAUCAGACAAAUUAUCAUUAUUAAAUGAAAGAAUUUAAUCGACCGAAUCGAUACUCACUAUUUUCUUGGAGUGAUUGAAUUUUUUGUUUUCAUUGCUCUCAAUUUAUCCUCAGUAUAAAUAGUCGAAAUCGGUAAAUCACAUUCCAUUGUUUGUAAACACAAGAUUCGUAAACACUGUGUUGUAUGUCAUCUGAUCAUCUUGAAUAAUCAUCAUGACUUUAAAUUUUGUUCAAUUUAUCAUUGUGUUUACGAUGGUCAUCAUUCUUGUGAAUAUAUCAUCAAUCGAUUGUGGUAGCAAAAAUAAAGGACAUCUUAUCAUUAUUGGUGGCGGUGGUGGUGGUGGUGGUGGCGAUGAUAGUUAUGGCGGAAAUAGUUACGGUGGCGGCGGUAUGAUGAUGAUGCCUAUGAUGAUGCCAAUGCCAAUGAUGAUGGCCAAUAAUUAUGGUGGUGAUAUGAUGUAUGGAGGUGGAGGAGGAGGAGGAAUGAUGAGUUAUGGUGGUGGUGAUAUGGGUGGUGGUGGUGGUGGAUAUCAAGACAACAUGAUGGGUGGUGGUGGUGGAUAUCAAGAUAACAUGAUGGGCGGUGGUGGUAAUAAGAUGGGAGGAUACAGUAACCGAAGUGGUGGUGGUGGCGGAUAUCAAGACACCAAGAUGGGCGGUGGUGGUAAUAAGAUGGGAGGAUACAGCAACCGAAGUGGUGGUGGUGGUGGAUAUCAAGACAACAUAAUUGGCGGUGGUGGUAAUAAGAUGGGAAGACACGACAAUCGAAGUGGUGGUGGUGGCAGCGGUAAAAUGAUGGGAGGUUAUCGUCGUCGUAGAUAAAUUAAUUAAUCAAUAAGCCAUUUUAGAAGUGAAAAAAAAUCCAUAUCAAUAUCAUCACUGAUAUAUUACACUAUGUUUACGAUAAAUUAUUUGAAAAUAAUAAUUUCUUGCGACACUCA